AAAAUGUAAAAUCAUUUGAAGAGAUUGGUAGAGAAAUUGUGAGAAAUUGUGAAAUGUUACCACUGUCAAUUUGUGUUAUUGGAGGGAUUUUGCGCCAAAAAGAACACACUUUACACGAAUGGAGUAACGUAAAUAGGAACAUAGAAUUGUUGUUGACGCAUGGAGAAGGUGUUCAAGACUACAAACGAGUAAAACAAGUGCUAGAGUUGAGCUAUGAUGCAUUACCAUAUUACUUGAAACCAUGCUUCCUCUUUUUAGCAUGUUUUCCCGAGGAUGAAUUGAUAUCAAUAGAGAAAUUGUAUUUAUUGUGGAUGGCGGAAGGCUUCAUUUCCCACCAAGAUAAAGGACCUAACGAGACUCUAAGAGAUGUAGCCCAAAGAUAUCUAAGUGAGCUUGCUAUGAGGUGUAUGGUUCAACUGCAUGAAGCUGAGAUCUACACUCCGCGUGAUAAGUUUGAUUCGUGUGGGAUUCAUGAUUUAAUGCAUGAUCUCUGCUCUUCUAAAGCUGAAAAUGAAACCUUUCUGAAGCGCAUCGAUGCUUCCAAAUAUCUGAAUGAUUACGUGCUAGCACUACCUCCAUCCGUUGGCAAUUCCGUAAGCAGAUUAGCCAUCACUCGCGAACACAACGCGUAUAUAUCAAGUGUAAAGGGGUUAGAGGAAGUUAAAGAUCUUAGAUCCUUGAUGCUUCUUCACAAGAGGGAUUAUUGUUACGAAUCCAUUAAGUUGAAAGAGAGUACGAUUGACUUUGAGAUGUCGCAAUGCUUGAGGAUAUUUGUGGCAGAAGGUUGUAAGUUUGAAGGGGAAAAGUUACCGCGUAAGGUGGGUGAACUGAUUCAUUUAAGAUACUUGAGUUUGAAGUGGUCUAAUGUGAGAAAGCUACCAAAGUCCGUAUGCAGCAUGCCAUACUUGCAAACCUUAGAUUUGCGAGUAUACUUUUUGGAUGUCAUUAGAUUGCCAAAUGUGAUUUGGAAGAUGAAAAAGCUAAAGCAUCUGUUUCUCAAUGAAAUAAAAGUGAUUGGAGGUGAGAAACUAAGACUCGAUGGGCUAGACGAGUUGGAGACACUAGAUGAGAUCAGAAGUGAGACGGCUCGCAUUGCAGAUAUCCCCAAAUUGAUCAGCCUACAGUCGCUGAGUGUUAAAGUUCGUGAUGAUUGUGAUGUGGAUAACAUGUCAAUUUUGUUGAGCAACAAAAAUAGACAAUUACGCGAGACUUGUCUUGAGGUUGAGUCAUGUGAUUUAAGUUCGGAGAAAGGUAUGGAGUUUUUAAGUGAUGGGUUGGCGUCUCCUUCGUUGGCUAGUUUGUGUAUCAAAAAAUGCAAUAUGAGUGGAAGUUUUCCAUACUACACACAAGGGAUGUGUCAGAAUUUAGUAAAGUUGUCACUUGAAGAUUGGGAGGUUAAGGUAGACAUGACGGAUUUUGGCAAGUAUCCCAUGUUGCAAUCUCUCUCGUUGUGCGGAGUCAAGAUGACAGGAACACUAAUUUGCCAGUCAAAUUCAUUCCCGCAACUCAAGGAGCUUCAUCUUUCCUACUUGUCCGCUUUAAAGGAAUGGGAAGUUGAAGAAAGAGCAAUGGCGAAACUUACUUUCUUGUCGAUCCGUUCGUGCAGAUAUUUGAAGAAGGUUCCAGAAGGUUUGAGAUCCAUCUCCACUCUUCGAGAGAUGGUUAUCGGGCAAAUGCCAAUAGAAUUCACUGAGAAAGUAAGAGAACAAGCUUACUUCCCAUUUGUCAAGAUUGAGAGAUCUCCCUGGGAUAGGGAUAGUUCUCAAGAUUGAUGUGCAUGGUAUGCAAAGCCACUGAAAGGGGAGAUUCAAGCUGUGGCUGCAACACAACGCAACUUCGUCCCACCACGUGAACGUCAAGAUCAUGUGUAAUUUUCUUGUUAUACUUUAUCCUUGUUUCGGAUUAUUUUAUUAAAUUUCAAUUGAGUCGAACUAUAGUUAUAAGCUUCGUCCAAGUUUUCUUUGUCGGUUCUUUCCCGGAUUUGUAUUAAUAGAGUCGAACCGCAUAGGGU